AGCAAUAAUCUAAAGAUGUCCUCUCGACUUUUAAGAAAGCUGCAAGGUGAAAAUGAACUAGAAAAAACGCAUGGAGAUGAAGAGGAUGAAGAUUAUUUUAACCUUGCAGCUCCAGUCAAGUCAAAAAAGAGAGGAAAACCUGUUGUAAAUCCUUUUGAUUUGUUAAAUGUUGAGGAUGAGCAAUCUGAUGAAGACUCUGAGGAUGAUCAAGAAGACGAAAAUUUAACAGAGGCUUUGGAACAUAAUAUAAAUGAAGAGAAACCCAGCCCCGGGGAAAUAGCUGAGAAACAGCUUCCUAAAAAGAAAAGGAAGAAAAAAAAGAAGAAAGGAAAAGGAGAAACAGAAAAUGGAAAAGUUGUGAAUAAAAGAGACAGUGCUGAUGGAGCUAUUACCAAAGUGAACAAUCAACCAAAACCUGAAGAUAAAAAGUCUGGUCCAGUAACAACUUUUGGAGAGAGCACCUCAAAAGUUCUGGAUACAAAAGCCGUAUUAAAUGUAGAACACAGAAACUUAAAUGCUGAGAAUGAGAUGAAAAGGAGAUUUGGAUCUCACAUUGUCAGAGCAGAACAAAGGCAGAGAAAAGCACAUCAGCGAGUUUAUCAUCGUUCCACAAGGCUGGUUACGGUGAAGUCAACAUGGCCACCCAUAAAAGCAACUGGAGUGAGCAUGAAGCUUCUGUAUACAAGACAUGGCUACUGCUACUUUGCAUUUGAACACUCUCCAUCUUAUCAAGAGGUCCAGUUCUUAUUUCUGGAGGCAGUGGAAUCAUUACAUCCCAAUAACAUUUCUGCCAUUUUAAACACUCAUCCAUAUCAUAUUGAUUCUCUACUGCAACUCAGUGAGAUCUGCAAGAUGGGAGAAGAUUACCAGAUGGCUGCCGAGCUGAUAGAAAGAGCACUAUACUGUCUUGAAAGAAGUUUCCAUACCUUGUUCAGUCUCACUAAUGGGUGGUCAAGACUUGAGUAUAGAAGAGCAGAAAACAGAUCAUUCUUCAUAGCUUUAUUUCGCCAGAUCAUCUUUGUGGGCCAAAAAGGAUGCUACAGGACAUCGCUGGAGUUAUGCAAGCUCUUGCUAAGUCUAGACCCAGAUGAAGAUCCCCUUGGUGUUCUCCUUAUGAUCGAUUUCUAUGCGUUACAGUCAGAGCAAUUUAGCUUCCUCAUACGAUUGUUUGAAGAGUGGGAGCCUCACAGAAACUUAUCCCAGUUACCAAACUUUGCUUUUUCUGUGGCUCUUGCAUAUUUCCAAUUCAAUAGAAAGCAUGGCGAGACCAAGAGAGCAGAUGAACUGCUCCAGGCGGCAUUGAUUAUGUUCCCAAUGGUUUUAUCUCCUCUCAUGGAAAAGUGUAAUGUUGCAUUGGACUCAAGCCUCAUUCAGCAUCCAUUUUUCUCCCCUGUCAAAGCAAACAGUGAGCCCCUCGCUUUAAAGCAGUUGGAGGCUCUAUAUGUUGGUAGGACUUACCAUGCGUGGAAAGAACCUGAGGUGAUCGACUGGCUCGUCUUAAAUACCAGAAAAGUCAUGGAAAGAGUAGAGGCUGGAGAUACUUUGGUGGAAGAGUGCAAACAAAAACGACAAGUGCGUUAUAAAGGAACACCCCGAAAUAUUUACCGGCACUUAGUCAUGUCUGAUAUCAAAGACGCUGCUGUGUCACUUCCCAUGGAUUUGGCGAAUGUUCCCCUUGUGUCGUAUGAUCCCCUGCCUCCUCGUGAUUCAGUGACAGGAUAUUCAAGGCCACCGAGAAGGGUUGAAACUGUUGGAGAAGACUCUGGCCCUCUGUCCAUGUUUUUUCGCUCGCUUCUACCUUCGUUCAGUGCUCAGACCCGUAGUGGACCACGCGUGGAAGUGAGGCUUGAGCAGCCUGUGGAGGGAGCAGAAGGUGGACCCAGACCUCUACGGGACACAGAGCUUGUACGGGGCGUGGAAAACUUGAUGGUCGCUAUGAGAGAAUUACUAAACACCCUAAGCUACCGUGGACAGCCUGAGGAGGCUGGAGGCGAAGAAGGGGAAGAUGGUAGAGAAGAGAAUCAUGCCGAAGAUGACUGGGAGGAGGAAUGGGAUUAAAAUUUCAGAAUUAUUGCUUUUCCCUGAUCCUCUGAGUCGGUGAGAUCUUCUAAAUAGUAGUUUUAGUAUACUGGUGACGAAUACUGUCGGGCAAGUUGUCAAAAACCCAAGACUGCCUUUGACCAUGAGGAGAUUCUGCGCAAAACUUAAACGAAAAUUUUCUUCAUAAUAUGUCCAUAACCUCGCCAAUGGCUGCAACCGUAAUGAAGGAAUAAUCAGUCCACGAAAGAAGUUUUGAGACCAUUACGUUAAAGAAAGGAAACCAUCUUUUCUUGAUGAGAUGUGGGAACAAUAUAAGAUUCAUAUCUUAACGGCCAUUAUGAAAUAAAAACGAAUGACAAGAAGUGGUUUGUAAUCAAUACGAUCGAGGGGAAUAUAACUGAAUGAAACUCA